GUGAGGCUUUGCGUGUCGGGUAAAAGGAACAGUAAACAACCCUGCUGAAACUCACGUCGAAUUAGAGUUUUAAGAAUAAUCGUCUACUUUAAAACAUAUAUAAAUUUUACAGUUUAUCACAAAGUGCAUUUUCGCCAUGGUGAAAUUACGAGCAAGGUGUAUUGUUGUCGGAGAUGCAGCGGUAGGAAAGAGCGCCUUGUCUCAGAUGUUCUGCAGUGAUGGUUCCCACUUCCAGAAGAACUACAAUAUGACUGCUGGUGUUGAGCUGCUGAUGAAGUCCGUGAACAUUCCAGAAACUAAUGACAGUGUGGAGCUGUAUAUCUUUGACUCUGCAGGUCGUGAACAUUUUGCGGAGGCAUGUGAGAAAAUGUGGGGGCAGCCAUCAGUGGUGUGCGUAGUGUUCGAGAUCAGCAGCCUGGACUCGUUCAAAAGUUGCAGUCGCUGGCUAGAGCGAGUCCGAGCUCACUGCGACGGACUGCAGUUACCAGGUGUGUUAGUGGGGAAUAAGUCAGACCUGGCAUCGAGAAGAGAGGUGGAGACAUCCGUGGCACAGGAGUGGGCACAGGAACAAGGUCUUCAGUACCAUGAGACCUCCGCUAAGGAGAUGGAGAACUCGGAUGCUCCCUUUCUGAGUUCAGCCCAAGCCUUUUAUGCUCUGUAUCAGGACCGGAGACAGAUGAUACAAAGGCUCGGUUAGGACACCACAGAGACUGACAGCCUCCAAACGGCUGUUUUUGAGCUAAUAUGUACAUUUAUUUAUUCAAUCAUGACCUUUUAAUCUAUCCCACAUGGAUCGGAUUAUAUCCCACUGACAGACAGCGUGUCUUUUUCGUUGGUCAGUUUAAACUCAACACAGCAGCAUUUCCUCGUUGUAUCCUACCAUGUUCACUAUUUACGCCCUUUUUUUUUUAAAAAAAAAAUAAUGCUUUAUGUGAAUAAAUGGAUAAAGGUUUCUGGGUGCCUGCCAUGUAUGCUAAGGAAUUACGAUUUCCCUUCACUGGAACUAAGGGUUCCAUAUCAUCUAGCAUUUAUAAUGCCUCUAUGCACAAAUCAAGGUCCAUGAAGACAUCCUGACCCCAACCUGCACCAAACACCUUGGGAUUCGUUCGAACGGCUACACGACCCACGUCUCCUCACCGCCUGUCCUCACUACUACUCUUGCCCCCCCACCACCCCCACCAUCCUUAAGGAUCUAGGGAGUAAAUCUGGAAAAUGAUGAUCAAAAAGUACAUAUAUGAUUGAUAGUCAGGCGCUCACAAAUAUUGUUCUUUGGCCAUAUAACGUGUCUGCUCAAUCUCCCUCGACUCCAUUACUUGUCGAAUAUCACUUAAACUCCAUUUCUAUGGCGAUGAUUCACCACUUUAUCUCAGCAUGAAACCUUCUGCUCCCAUCCCUCUUCCUGCCUACAGCAAAGCAAAUGCUGGAUGACUUCAGACUUUCUCUGACUGAACACUGCUGGCAUUAUCGUAACUCCUUCCACCGCGGUUCAAAAUUAUCUUUGACACAACACUUCCGUUUCAGUCUGAAAUAAAAAUCUCCACAAUAUUG